ACAACACGUUUUUCGUGCCGACUCGGCUUGUGCCAUGGCUAACCGUACCGUAAAGGAUGCCAAGAAUGUGCACGGCACGAAUCCACAGUAUUUAAUAGAAAAAAUUAUACGCUCUCGUAUAUACGACUCCAAAUAUUGGAAAGAACAGUGCUUCGCCCUGACUGCAGAGUUGCUUGUGGACAAAGCAAUGGAGCUACGAUUCGUCGGCGGUGUGUUUGGUGGAAACAUCAAACCAACGCCGUUCUUGUGUCUUACGCUCAAGAUGCUCCAGAUUCAACCAGAAAAAGAUAUAGUGGUGGAGUUUAUUAAGAACGAAGAAUUCAAGUACGUCCGUGCGCUGGGCGCGUUCUAUUUACGACUCACCGGUUCCUCGCUGGACUGCUACAAGUACCUGGAACCGCUUUAUAACGACAACCGAAAGCUGCGGAAACAGAACCGGAUGGGUGCGUACGAGUUGAUUCACAUGGACGAGUUUAUCGAUGAGCUGCUAAGGGACGAGCGCGUGUGCGACAUUAUUUUACCUCGCAUUCAAAAGCGUCAUGUGCUGGAAGAAAACAAUGAGCUCGAACCGAAAGUGUCCGCUCUGGAGGACGAUCUAGAUGAGGAGAUGCCGAGUGAAGAUGAAGCGGUGGAGGAAUUACCUACGCCAGUUCCGGUGAAGGAAAAAAAGAUUGAACCGUCUAAGGUUAAAGGCAAUAACAAACGGAUAGAGCGCUCGAUUUCUCGAGAACGGCAGCCUACAGAACGGUAUCGACACUACGACGGUGGCACUUACCGUGAUCGCGACAAGGAUAGGGAUCGGGAACGAGAGCGCGAUCGUGACAGAGAUCGGGAGCGAGAUCGUUACAAGGAAGUGGAUCGUCGAGAUCGUAGAGAUCCGUACGGUGAACGUGACCGGCUUAAAGAGCGAGAGCUUCGGGAAAGGGAGCGUGAAAGACAGCGGCGCCACGAACGCCAGGAGGAGCGGGAGCGUGAGCGACGCAGAGAGCGGGAACGGGACCGCGAACACGAGGAACGAUCACGUGGUCAUGACCGCGAACGUGAUUAUGAUCGAGAACGCCGGAGAAGGUAGAAUGUGCCGAAGAAUAACAAGAAC